GAGCGGCCGGCCGGGUGGGGCCCGGCGCGCCGGGGCUCCGGGCCCGCGCGUGCGUGCGAGCGAGCGAGCGAGGGGCUCCCGGGCUUCGGCGCGUGGUCUGCGCGCGCCCGGCCGUGCGUGCGGCUGCGGGAGGCUGCGUGUGCGCGCGGGGCGGCAGCAGCGGCCGCCUGCCCGCCAGUGUCCGAGCAGGGUUCGCGCGGCGCGCGGGAGGCAUGCAUCUUACAUAAGCAGUAUAAUGGCAGAAUUUUAAACCAAGUUGAGAAUUUCUUUCAGUAGAAACUUCAAGCAUUAUUUUUGACUACUGCAUACUAUUGACUGCUCAGUUGGUGAAAUUGAAGACCUUUCACUCAGAAGAAAUAAAUCAAGAAGGAGAACCUGAGGUUCGUGUGCUUCUGAGCUGCUGGAUGGCCCUUGCUCUCUUGACCGCUCUUCCAAGUAGGAUGUCACUGAGAUCCCUCAAAUGGAGCCUCCUGCUGCUGUCUCUCCUGAGUUUCCUUGUGAUGUGGUACCUCAGCCUGCCCCACUACAAUGUGAUAGAACGUGUAAACUGGAUGUACUUCUAUGAGUAUGAGCCAAUUUACAGACAAGACUUUAGCUUCACACUUCGAGAGCAUUCAAACUGCUCUCAUCAAAACCCAUUUCUUGUCAUCCUGGUGACCUCACACCCUUCAGAUGUGAAAGCUAGACAGGCCAUUAGAGUUACUUGGGGUGAAAAGAAAUCUUGGUGGGGAUAUGAGGUUCUUACAUUCUUUUUACUAGGUCAGCCGGCUGAAAAGGAAGACAAAGUGCUAGCACUGUCCCUAGAGGAUGAGCACGUUCUUUAUGGUGACAUAAUACGACAAGAUUUUUUAGACACAUAUAAUAAUCUGACCUUGAAAACAAUUAUGGCAUUCAGGUGGGUAACUGAGUUUUGCCCCAAUGCCAAGUACAUCAUGAAGACAGACACUGAUGUUUUCAUCAAUACUGGCAACUUAGUGAAGUAUCUUUUAAAUGUAAACCAUUCAGAGAAGUUUUUCACAGGUUAUCCUCUAAUCGAUAACUAUUCCUAUAGAGGAUUUUACCAAAAAGCCCAUAUUUCGUACCAAGAGUAUCCCUUCAAGGUGUUUCCUCCCUACUGCAGUGGGUUGGGUUAUAUAAUGUCCAGAGAUUUGGUGCCAAGAAUCUAUGAAAUGAUGAGUCAUGUAAAACCCAUCAAGUUUGAAGAUGUUUAUGUUGGGAUAUGUUUGAACUUAUUAAACGUCGACAUCCAUAUUCCAGAAGACACAAACCUUUUCUUUUUAUAUAGGAUCCAUUUGGAUGUCUGUCAGCUCAGACGUGUGAUUGCAGCUCAUGGCUUUUCUUCCAAGGAAAUUAUCACAUUUUGGCAGGUUAUGCUAAGGAACACCACAUGCCAUUAUUAAUUUGACAAAAGCCUACAGAAAGACAGGAUACUCUGUGGAAAGUAUUAAAAUUACUAUGAAAUAUCUGAUGGAAAACUCUUGGGAAGGUCACUGUGUUGAGUUACACUGAACUGUGACUCAUGAAGAACCCACAGACUGGGGGCUGGAGGGUCACACUUUCAUUUACCUAGAUAAAAACUAAGUCAGGCCCUUUAAAGGUGAUCUUAAGAGGAAUUAAACACCUUAUAAAGGAAUCGGGGAUUUUUGUUAAUAAAACUAGUAAGACCAAACUAUUUGAACAUGCCAUUCUGUAGACUAGAACUUGUUAAAAGGGGUUCAUUGAAUUAUAAGCUCAUUAGUCCAUAACAACGAAGCAAUGUGAAGCUCUACUCAUUGAGCAUUCUAGUCUAUUAAGAUUUUUGUGUAUAUCUGACAUGGAUUACCAGUUGUUAAAAAUACAUAGUUCUGUGUAAAAAAUUAAAGUCACACUGAACAAAAUUUCAUGUUUUGGUCAUUCAGAAGGUACUUCAAAAUGUUACAGCAUUUCACAGUUACGAAUUAGUAUUUAAUAUUUCUUAGGACUUCCUGGUGUUUGAAUGUUAUGGUUGUUUCAGUACUGUAUAAAGAGAAUAAUGAAUUACUCUUUCAUUUGAACUUUUUCCCACUUUUUCCACUUACUUCAUUGAUGAGUUUAUUUCAUAGCUCCAUUAGUGUAAAGUCAUUGGUCAUUACUGCAGAUCAGUAAUCUCUUAGACUUCCAUAAAUAUUUUACUGUGGUAAUGUAGAGAAGAAUUAAAGCAAAAAGAUCUGAAUCUUUGUCUUGUUUUUAAAACUACAAUCCCCAGUGUUUUUAUGUCACUCCAUCUGUCUCAUUUUUCCACCUGGAAACUGGGAAUAAUAUACAAUGCCAGGGAGCAGGUUUCCUUUUGGAAAGGUCUCUCAAGGCAAAAAAAAAAAAAAAA